AUGGCGCCGUUCGUCGUCGACAAUGAAGCCAAAAUUGACGCUCUAGUCACUCUCGUCACCAAACGUAUGCGGGUAGAGCAGGCCCAGCUGACGUUUGUGGACCUCGAGGGCGUCAAUCUCACCCAGUCGUUGACCAACCUUGUCGACGUCCACCAGCUCAAGGCAAAGGCAUUCGACCUCACCACGGUCGACGGGACCGGCCUUGAAAUGGUGCUGGAUGGAGUCUUCAAACAUCUUGACAGUCUUCGACAUUCGCAACGACUCGGAUGCCCUCUACGCCCACUUGGGCGUCCACGUCGCGGGCAUCAUCGACCUGCAGGUCAUCCAUCGGUUAUGCCACCAGAAAUCCGAGGGGCAAGAAUGUCAACGGACUAG